GCGGCAGGCGGAGCAGGCGGCCGUGCGGCGCGUGGAGCGUGCGUACGGGCGCUGGCGGCUGCGCCGCGCCGUGGCCGCGUGCGCCGUCGAGAGGCGGGAGGCGCUGAAGCGCGCCCCGGUGGAGGCAGCGCUGCAGCGGCGGCGGGAUCUGCAGCGCGACGCGGACGCCGACGCCGCGGCGAGGAGGAUACAGGCGGAGUGGCGGGCGCGGAAGAUGCGGGCGUGGUCGCAGCUCGUGGGCCGCGCGUCGCGGAGGAUACAGCGGUGGUUGCGCCGGGUGUGGCUGUGCCGGGCGAUGGAGCAGGAG